GUCUUCACCAGUGGCUUCACCAGUGUCUUCACCAGUGGCUUCACCAGUGGCUUCACCAGUGUCUUCACCAGUGUCUUCACCAGUGUCUUCACCAGUGUCUUCACCAGUGUCUUCACCAUUCUUGUUGAUGGCGAUGGAUACAUUAACGAGUUUUUUGUCAAGUUCAAGGAGCAUUUCCUUCAGGCUGGUAACGCCGGAGUUGUCAAUGCCGCCCGUGAGCUGAGCGACUCAGUUAAUGAGCUGAUGCACUUGACGAUCGGAGCUCAAGCAGACCAAUGCCAGGCCAUGGUUCGUAUCUACGCCAACAUGCUCGGAUUAUCCAGAGUUCUUGCUCGUGCCGGGCUGCUUGUUAAUGACGCCCGAUCCAUUGCUCUGUUCAGCGCUACGUUUAAUCGAGCCCAGGAGCUGUUUGACUUUGUCGAUGCGGCCGACAAGAAGGAGGGCAGCGACUUCAAAAUUCGGGAACAAUUCCGGCUUUUCGUGGAUCUCAACCAGUGCCGACAUAUCUUUCUCGCGGGCUGCCACGACACUGGCUUUACGUCCAUGCUGACCCCAUAUAAAGGAAGAACCUACCGGAUUACAUUCAUCAAGGCCGCUUCCUUCCAGCGUGACUUUGAAGAUUUAGAUCUGCCAAUCAAAGACCUACCGUCUGUCUUCAAGUCGCUGCCCCUGAAUAGUACCGAGCCUUUGGAUACAGCGAUCACGAAGGCAGUGACGACCAUAAGUGGCACAACGACUCCCUGUAAACAUUACCAAAAGUCACCAUCCAAGGAGCCUGUAGUGGAUGAACUGUUUAAACCGGUCCAAAUUACGGAAAGUUUCACAGGCCGCCCGGAUGAACUUUUUUCGUCCCGGCUUCCGCCCCUCGGAGUGAUUAACUCGAGGGAGUAUAUCCCUAUUGACAAGGAAGGGCAGCGACUCGACACAUACGCUCUACCUCCUACCCAGGACGCCUUUGACGAAUACAAUAGCUGGGCCAAGAAGCAUGAAGUCGUGCCCGUCGAUUAG